AGGAGGAGGAUGCUGCGGCAGGCGAUCCACCGCGGGCUCAAGGCGUCCUUCUACUGGCUCGGCCUGUUCGUCAGCCGCCACCCCGUGUUCUUCCUCACCGUGCCCGCCGUGCUCACCGUGGUGUUCGGCUCCGCGGCGCUCAGCCGCUUCCAGCCCGAGACGGAGCUCGAGGCGCUCGUGGCGCCCGCGCACAGCCUGGCCAAGAUCGAGCGCAGCCUCGCCAACAGCCUCUUCCCCAUCGAGCGCUCCAAGCACAAGCUCUACUCGGACCUGCACACGCCCGGCCGCUACGGCCGCCUCAUCCUGCUCGCCAAGGCCGGCGGCAACAUCCUGGAGCUGGCCGAGCAGGUGCUGCACGUGCACCGGCAGGUGCUGGAGCUGCGCGUGAGCCACAAGGGCUUCAACUACACGUUCGCGCACCUCUGCGUGCUGCGCCACCGCGACAAGCGCUGCGUGCUCGACGACAUCCUCGCCGUCUUCGAGGACAUCCGCGCCGCCGUGCUCGCCAACAGCACGCUGGCCAAGGUGCCCGUCAGCUACCCCAACACGACGUUAAAGGAUGGCCGAGUGGCCUUCAUCGGCCACCAGCUGGGCAGUGUCGUCCUGGCCCCGCACAGCCGAGACCAGCAGGUCAAGUCGGCCCGCGCUAUCCAGAUCACCUACUACCUCCGCAACCUGCGGCCCAUGGUGCAGGACGCCAUCGCCGAGAAGUGGGAGAACGAGUUCUGCAAGCUGGCGCACCGCCUGGCCACGGCCAGCCAGGACCUGUACAUCCAGUCGCUCACCUCCUUCAGCCUGUGGCGGGACUUCCACAAGACGGGCGUGCUGGCCAAGAGCGAGGUGCUGGUCAGCCUGGUGCUUGUGCUGCUGGCCGCCACCAUCUCCAGCUCCAUGCGCGACUGCCUGCGGGGCAAGCCCUUCCUGGGACUUCUGGGCGUGCUCACCAUCUGCAUCGCCAACGUGACGGCCGCGGGCAUCUUCUUCAUCUCCGACGGCAAGUUCAACUCCACGCUGCUCGGAAUCCCCUUCUUCGCCAUGGGGCAUGGAACUAAAGGCGUGUUUGAGCUCCUGGCUGGCUGGAGAAGAACCCGGGAGAACCUGCCCUUCAAAGAGCGAGUGGCAGACGCCUUUGCCGAUGUGAUGGUUUGCUACACCAUGACCAGCUCACUGUACAUCAUCACUUUCGGCAUGGGUGCCAGCCCUUUCACCAACAUCGAAUCCGUGAAGGUUUUCUGCCAGAGCAUGUGCGUGGCCAUCCUGGUGAAUUACUUCUACGUCUUCUCCUUCUACGGCUCCUGCCUGGUGUUCGCGGGCCAGCUGGAACAGAACCGCUAUCACAGCGUGUUCUGCUGCAAGAUCCCCUCCGUAGAGUACCUUGACCGCCAGCCCACAUGGUUCAAGACCAUGAUGAGCGAUGGCCAUGAUCUCUCCACGCACCACGACAGCAUGCCCUACCAGAACCACUUCAUUCAGCACUUCCUUAGGGAGCAUUACACGGAGUGGAUUACCAACACCUACGUCAAGCCCUUCGUGGUCAUUCUCUACUUGAUUUAUGCCUCUUUUUCUUUCAUGGGAUGUUUACAAAUUAGUGACGGCUACAACAUAGUGAACCUGUUAGCCAGCAAUUCGCCUAGUGUGUCGUUUGCCCUGACCCAGCAGAAACUGUUCAGCAACUACAGCCCAGUGAUAGGGUUCUACAUCUAUGAGCCCAUUGAAUACUGGAACUCUACAGUGCAGGAGCACCUCAAGACUCUAGGCCAGGGCUUCAAUAAGAUUUCGUGGAUUGAUAAUUACUUCAACUAUCUGAAGGUUGCCAACGUCAGCGCGUCGACCAAAAGUGAUUUUAUAAACAUUCUCAAGAAUUCUUUUUUGAAGAGCCCGGAGUAUCAGCACUUCACAGAGGACAUCAUUUUCUCCAAAAACGGGGACGAGUAUGACAUCAUUGCCUCCCGGAUGUACUUGGUAGCCAGGACCACUGAGAAGACCAGGGAGGAGGUGGUGGAACUGCUGGAGAGACUCAGACCACUCUCCCUCAUAAACAGCAUCAAGUUCAUCGUCUUCAACCCCACCUUCGUGUUCAUGGACCGCUACAGCUCCUCGGUCGUCUCGCCGAUCCUCACGUCAGGAUUCAGCGUCCUCACCGUCCUCAUCCUCACUUUCUUCCUCGUCAUCAACCCCCUGGGGAACUUCUGGUUGAUCUUGACCGUCACGUCUGUGGAGCUGGGCGUCCUAGGCCUCAUGACGCUCUGGAAUGUAGACAUGGACAGCAUCUCUAUCCUGUGCCUUAUUUAUACUCUCAACUUCGCCAUGGAUCACUGUGCCCCCCACCUUUACACGUUUGUACUGGCCACUGAGCACACCAGGACUCAGUGCAUCAAGAUCUCGCUCGAGGAGCACGGGGCGGCCAUCUUGCAGAACACCUCGUGCUUCGUUAUUGGGAUAAUGCCCCUGCUUUUUGUGCCUUCCAACCUGACCUACACACUGUUCAAGUGCUCGCUCCUCACCACCGGCUGCACGGUGUUGCACUGUUUUGUCAUCCUCCCUGUGUUUUUGACUUUCUUCCCCCCCUCCAAGAAGAGGCACAAGAAGAAGAAACGGGCGAAGAGGAAAGAGCGGGAGAGGGAGCGGGAGCGGGAGAGAGAGAGGGAGGAGAUCGAGUGCAUCGAGGUCAGGGAGAACCCUGACCACGUGACCAGCGUCUGAGACGUGGGGGGCGCGUCCGGCCGUGUGGUUAAAACAGGGAGUGCAUAUCCUGUGCGGUGGGGAGCGAUGUAUGUAGCACUUCACAGGUCCAGGAGGGUCCGAGUGGAGCCGACCUCUCGAGCGGGAUGACCUUCAACAG